GGAAGCUCUGUCACUGCUUGCUGACUGUACUGUGCAGACAUGACUGGGACAAAGAGCCAGAUAGCCUGCUGUAUGCUCCUUCUAUUAUUUAUCUGGAUGGGAACUGCGAGUCAGCCAAGAGAGGUUUUUCUAUGGAUGGCAAAAUUUGCCUUGUUCACCUGUCUUCUCACGUUGUUGAUAUCGGUUCUGACUCCUUGGAUAUCUUCCUUUCGUCAGUCCAGAGAGGAACAUUUAGAAUUCUCCGUACCAGAAGAAGAAAAGGACAAGCAUCAAAAGCUUGUAAGAAGAGACCAGCAGGAGCAGUUAAGCCAAAAGGCAAGUUAUUACAUGGAGAACUUCAUGAAGCCACGUGAGGAAUUAAAACUUAAAAGGAAAAUGGAACAUUACUACAAGAUGACGGGACAGAGCUGGAAACUGACUGAAGGUCAAAGACUAGGGGCAGACGAAGAGGACGAUGCGAUGAACAUCGAUAGUGAUGGAGACGGCAGUAUUGCAAAAACGCCAAAUAAAGAAGCCUUAAGGAAAAGAAAACUCCCAGAGCAUGUGAAAAUGCACGUCCCAAAACCCGAAAAGCCGAAACCAAAGAAGGUCAUUACUCUGCCUGAAGAACCUAACGAACUGGAAGAGGGAGUAGUGACGGUGGCAUUGAGGUGUCCCAGUGGGCGUGUUUUUAAAAGAAGGUUUUACAAAAUCUGCAGUUCCCAUGUGUUAUUGGAUUGGAUGACAAAACUUGGGUACCACCCUGUUCUUUAUACCCUCUACUCCUCUUCUCCAAGAUGUCACAUAGAACUUAACACUGAAUUAUCAAUUGAAAGCAUCGGCAUUGUAAAGGACACACUAUUAAAUGUGGAACAAAUCCAUCAACCAUAAUUCUGGAUCAGUGAAGACUGAGUCAAAUAUCCUAUGGUUUAAGCCAGCAGCCACAAAACUGAAAGCACUUUGAUUUCUUUUUUUUUUUCUUCAAUGACUGAAAGUUCUGAUUAAUUACAUGAUGGAAGACUGGGAGCUUUUCAACUGGGAAAAUUAUUUAUUGCCGUUGUUGGGAUGUGCAAUAGGACUUGUAUGCAAACACCAGCUGUAGAUAAUUGAUGUCUGCCAAUUAUUUGUACCAACACAAGGACAUGUUUUUAGAAUGUUCCAGCACAUUAAUGUAUGAUGUGUAUUUUAUGCAGAACAGACGUUAAAAUAAACCUGGAACAAUUCACAACAUGA